ACGGUCGUCUCGCGCUGAACUGCGCAUAUGCAGACAGUCAAAUCAAGGCUCUCCUUCAAUAUAAAGUUGUUUUUGACGAAAGCUUGUCAGUUUGAAAAUAACUUCUCUAAAUUACUUCACAAACCCCAAACACCGGCCGGGUCUGCUUGGUCUGCUUCGCAAGCGUUCCCGGAAGUAUCGCGAUGUUGCGCCUCUGGGUUUAGAAACUCGGUGGUUUUACUGCCACUCUGAUACCUCUCCUUUGCGCUCUCAAUAUUCCCAUCCCCCCACUUUGUGUGGAUGUCGACGUUACCAAAACGCUACUUAGAGAACCCACCGAAGUAAACCUUGGAGAAAACUGCCAGCACUGAUCAAGGGAAAACAGUGACAACACCGAACUCAGCAUAGAAUUAAAGGCAAGGUGCUCCACGAUAACAAAUUCCCUUUGACAUUUGAUUUGCAUUGCCAUUUCCUCCUCCGCUCCUACACUAGCAUUGCCCCGAGAAUGGCCGGCGGGCACCCUACCGACCAAUUCAGUUUCUUGUACCAACUCGAAAGUGCUCAGAACCUGAAGAGUAAGGGUAGACUGUCUUCCAACAUGAAUCCUGUGUACAGUCCUGUCCAGCCCGGGACACCGUACGGCAACCCUAAGAACAUAGCAUACGCAGGCUAUCCUGCAGGUUAUCCUCAGGCUCCUACCUACACACCCAACCUCUACCAGACUGGCAGCCCAGGCUAUCCCCAAGUGCUGCUGGUGAAGCAGGGCUGGCCCCAGGCCUCCGGUGCUGCAGGGGCCCUAGAGGGCUCCUAUGACCUGGCCAUGGACGCGGGCUCAGAGGGCCGCCAGUACCAGGCCUCAGCCGCAGCUUUCAGAUACACUGCUGGGACACCCUACAAGGUGCCCCCUGGCCAGUCCAAUGGGGCGCCCCCUCCCUACUCCCCAUCCCCUAACCCCUACCAGACGGCCAUGUACCCAAUCAGAAGUGCCUAUCCCCAACAGAACCUCUACGCUCAGGGUGCGUACUACACACAGCCGAUGUAUGCGGCUCAGCCUCACGUUAUCCACCACACAACAGUGGUGCAGCCCAACAGCAUCCCCUCUGCCCUCUACCCUGCCCCCGUCCAACAACCCCGCUCCAACGGCCAUAUGGCCAUGGGCAUGGUAGCCGGCACAACCAUGGCCAUGUCUGCUGGUACUCUGCUGACCACGCCUCAGCAUGCCACUCAGCACAUCGGUGGGCAUCCGGUCACCCUGCCAACAUACCGGCCCCAGGGGACGCCUGGGUAUAGCUAUGUGCCUCCUCACUGGUAGACCCCACUGGACCCCACUCAUAUCGGGAGUCAAUAUCACUCACAACAACUCAAGUCUUACAUUGGUGCAGGAGGCCUGGCAUACAAGCACCAAGUCUGUCUGCAAGAACAAAAAACUAAAGUGCAAGGAUCACUUUAUGCAUUCUUUUGUGAUUUGGAAAAGCUGCUUUUUCAUGUUUUUAUUAUUUUUGAUCAGCCUCAGUUUUUUGGGGAUUAGUUUCUUUGAUUUUGACUCUCUUAUAAUCCAGACACACACUGACCAGCAGUAUGGUACAUUUAUAGUACAUUUGUGCUUCUUUUUUAUGUUUGUGUGUGUGUAUUUUUGUGUUCUGAACACUGGUUCUGACGCAAAGCCAGUCCCUUCAGCCGUGAGAAUGUACACGUCUCUGUAUGCUGCCAAAUUCUAAUGUUGAAAAAAAAUCAUACUUUUUCAGGCGAGGUCGUUUAUUUUCCAGUCAUUCUUGGGGGGGAAAGCACCGUACAAGUGUCACGCCUCAAUUUCCUUUCACCCUUUUUGAUUUGCCUUCCCAUUUGGGUUUACGUUCACACACAAUCAUCUUCCAGCAUAAUAUAAUAAGGGUCGUCUUCCAGCUUGUAGCAACAGUGCAUUAACUUGGCUUCUUUAAUAUUUUACCCACUACAUCAGUCAAGUUGGGUGCACAUUUUGUUUUUUGCCCUAGCACUACGCAGCUGAUUCAAAUAACCAACUCAUCAUCAAGCUUUGAUUAUUUGAAUCAGCUGUGUAGUGCUAGGGCAAAAAACAAAAUGUGCACCCAGAGGGGACCCCGGGACCGACUUUGGGAAACCCUGCACAAGGAGAAAGACUAAUACCGUAAGUACAAUAAUAGUUACACACCAUGUAGAGGAUAUUUUCAGUAAGUUCAGUGGACAUAGUUAGCUUGUAAGUCUACUAGAGUAGAGUAAGAAAUUGAAAUAUCUAUACAUGACUAUAUUAUAUAUAGGUAUACUGAUGUGUCAGCGAGCGCCUGUGCGCGUUUGUAGUUCUUUUGUACACAUAAAAGCUUGCCGAACAUGCAAACACACUCGCAUUUAGGUAUUUCAGUUGGCAUGCGUAAGGUGCGCACUGACACACUUGCUCACAGAUAUACAUUUACAGAUGUAUAGGACAUUGCACACAUUUUAAAAGUGUAGAUGGUAUAGGAUGCGAUGGAUAGAUGACUGGAUAGGGUCUCCCUCGUACCUUGCAGGCUAUGUUGUGAACUGAAUCCAGUUCUAGUCUAGUAUCAAUGAAGGUGCAUGGAGUUUGAGGGGUGAGGCAAAUUGUCAGUAGGACCAGGGAUAGCUGAUUCAAAAGGGAUUUUAAAGUCAAUAGCUGGCCGACGCUUAAGAACAGCAGACUUGAAAGAGGGAGAAAGGAGUACAAGGGGAGUAGUGAGUGGAAAAAGGAAGAAAAUAAUCUAAAUUGUUUAGUGGUCAAGCAUCAAUACCCAUAGCCCUGUGCUGCAUGCCUCCCAUCAAUCUCACAGGCUAGAGAUAAGUGUUAUUCGCAAUAAAGAUCCCAUGUGAUGUCAUGUUUACAUGUUUAAUAGAGAUUUAGCUCCUGAUCAGUGUCAUCAGUUCCUCAGGUGACCAGGAGAGGGCAGAAGUGAGGGGUGCAGGGCCCCCUAUUCCUUACCUAUAUAGGGCUCUGGUCAAAAGUAGUGGACUAUAUAGGGAAUAGGUUUUAGAAACCUGACUGACCUCAACACAGAUGUGUCCCAAGAGAAUUGUGUUCCAGAGAAUUGUCAUCUGGUCUCUAUGUGUAUGUUUCUGAGUAGUCCAUGCAAUUGGAACUAGUUCACCAGUCUGGUGAACGCUUUUAAACAAUGGCAGGUGGAAAAACACUUUAUUUUGGACCUAGGUCUCAUACAAUUAGUGAAAGGAAACAUUUUGUUUGCAUGUUGGUCAACCUGCUACCUUGCUAGGCCCUCCCUCCUCUGCCCUCCCUCCCUUCAGAGUAGCUAAUAGAACAGGCCCAGGACGUCAUUGUUUCCAGGGCAGACACCAUGGAAGGAAGUUAGGAUCGUGAAGGGAAUCAUGCGUAUGAGGGAAAAAUUUGUGUUGAAACAGGAAAUUGGGAUUUUUUGUUGUUGAAAGGUUUCAUGUCCCUUUAGUCUGGGGGGCAAAAACCCUAUGACUGGGGCACUGGGUUGGGAGAGGUCCGUGUGGGACAUGUGUUGACUUCCAAAUCGAACCUUAGCCCCCAGGAUUGGGCUCAAUUCCAAUUUAAUUUAAAAUUCCAAUUAAAUUCUUGAAUUCACAAUGAAAUGGAGAAUUUGUUGAAUUCAAUUUGAAUUUUUUGGGGGGGGGGGAAUAUUAUGGAAUUGUAAUUUAAUAUUUAUUAGUUGAUGGAACUAAUGCACUUAGUAUAAAAAAUGGACUGCAGGAUUUGUGUUGAAUCAUUUCAAUUUGUAAUUUUUGGGGAUACUAUUGAAUUAUGAAUUGAAUUAUUGGAAUUGAGAGGAAUUGAAUUAUCUCUAGAUUCAAAGACUGACCUGGAAUUUGAAUUGUAUUUAUUGGAAUUUACAGGGAGAGGGAAUUUAAUUAGUGGAAUUAACCCCAUCACUGCUAGCCUCAACUCCCUCCCUAGUCCCUACAACUGCAGACCUGAGAGGAUUGGGAUAGGUGAAAGCAAUAUGGCUGACAUUUCUACCUAGCCAAUCAGAAGGCAAGAUGAAGCUUUUACUGUAACACGUACGGUAUAUUGACCCAGUCCGCCUAGAUCCACAGGAGUGGCUAGGGUGUAGGGGCUAGGGAUCCAUUUGGAAUUUAUAAAUGGAGUUGGCAAGGAAACAGGGUUCAGCUUGGGUCGAGUUUUGAAGGUUUUGAGGAGGAGUUCCAUACUCUGUUAUUAUGGUUCAGCACUAGGUUACGGUGUCAUGACCACAUAUCAGUUAUCAUGUGAGUGUGUAAAAAAUGUAUUGCACAAACAUCUAAAAGUAAUAAUCUAUGCUAAAUAACAGGUACUUAGCUCAUCUUUUAAGAGACAUCUUACGAUUUCUUAAGAGUUAAUUUAGUUCAGUGGAUUUGAUAGCGUACUCUUUGGUCUCAAUAAACAACUGUACAUUUAAGAUAUCUGUUGUGAAUAAUUGCUACUGCUUCUUUCAAUCUGUUACAAUUAGUUAACCACUACGUACAAUUCAAAAUGCUAUUUUAGUUGAUACCGUGUUACCUCGCCAGUAAAAAAAAAAAAA